AUGGAUUACCACCUGCUUGGACUAAUUCUGUCUUUUCUCUUCAAUGGCACAAAGGUCUUAGCCGGUUACCCAAUUUGGUGGUCCCUGGCCCUGGGCCAGCAGUACAGCUCCCUGGGCUCCCAGCCCAUCCUCUGUGGCUCCAUCCCCGGCCUGGUGCCCAAGCAGCUCCGCUUCUGCCGCAACUACAUCGAGAUCAUGCCCAGCGUGGCCGAGGGGGUGAAGUUGGGCAUCCAGGAGUGCCAGCACCAGUUCCGGGGCCGCCGCUGGAACUGCACCACCAUCGAUGACAGCCUGGCCAUCUUCGGGCCUGUCCUGGACAAAGCCACGCGCGAAUCCGCCUUCGUGCACGCCAUCGCCUCGGCCGGGGUGGCCUUCGCUGUCACCCGCUCCUGCGCCGAGGGCACCUCCACCAUCUGUGGCUGCGACUCCCACCACAAGGGACCGCCGGGGGACGGCUGGAAGUGGGGGGGGUGCAGCGAGGACGCCGACUUCGGCGUGCUGGUGUCCCGGGAGUUCGCGGACGCGCGGGAGAACCGGCCGGACGCGCGCUCGGCCAUGAACCGGCACAACAACGAGGCCGGCCGGACGACCAUCCUGGACCACAUGCACCUCAAGUGCAAGUGCCACGGGCUCUCUGGGAGCUGCGAGGUCAAGACCUGCUGGUGGGCCCAGCCCGAUUUCCGGGCCAUCGGGGACUACCUGAAGGAUAAAUACGACAGUGCCUCGGAGAUGGUGGUGGAGAAGCACCGCGAGUCCCGGGGCUGGGUGGAAACUCUCAGGGCCAAGUACGCGCUUUUCAAGCCGCCGACGGAGCGGGACCUGGUCUACUACGAGAACUCCCCCAAUUUCUGUGAGCCCAACCCGGAGACGGGCUCCUUUGGGACGAGGGACAGAACGUGCAACGUCACCUCCCACGGCAUCGACGGCUGCGACCUGCUGUGCUGCGGGCGGGGCCACAACACGCGGACUGAGAAGCGCAAGGAGAAGUGUCACUGCAUCUUCCACUGGUGCUGCUACGUCAGCUGCCAGGAGUGCACGCGGGUCUACGACGUCCACACCUGCAAGUAAGCACAGGUGGGGCUCCACUGGUGGAGGUGGCUCCAGAGCAGGGCCCAGGGGUCAAUCAGCCCCGUGGUCAGCCCCACACGUGGCCUCACA